AGAUCGCACGCUCUGUGCUGGGCGCUCCCCCUACUGUGGUCUGCCUCCCCUAUUGUCAGUCGGGGAGAGUAGGAUGUAGUCGAUUGGGACCAGCCGCCCUGGUUUGGAUAGCAGCCUACAGGCCUAUGGAGCCUUGGGCAAAGGCUUUCCCCGGGACAGAGCUGGGAAGGUGUAACUCAGUGUAGCUGGGUCUGUCUGGUGGCCUGUGGCCUGUUCUUGUAGGUCUGACCCUGUGCCUGUUGCCCAGUGGCGCAGGGGAGUGGGGUAGGAGGAUGGCACAAGAUGCCUUUAACCUUGCCCCAUUUCCCCCUUCACCUGCAUGCAGCCAACAUGGGUGAGCCCCAGAGACCCAUGAAGAUCCUUGUGACAGGGGGCUCUGGCCUGGUGGGCAGAGCCAUCCAGAAGGUGGUUGCAGAUGGGGCUAGCCUGCCUGGAGAGGAAUGGGUGUUUGUCUCUUCCAAAGAUGCAGAUCUGACGGAUGCAGCACAGACCCAAGCCUUGUUCCAGAAGGUGCAACCCACCCAUGUCAUCCAUCUUGCUGCAAUGGUGGGGGGCUUGUUCCGCAAUAUCAAGUACAAUUUGGACUUCUGGAGGAGGAAUGUGCACAUAAACGACAAUGUCCUGCACUCUGCCUUCGAGAUGGGCGCCCACAAGGUUGUCUCCUGUCUGUCUACCUGUAUCUUCCCUGACAAGACCACCUAUCCUAUUGAUGAAACCAUGAUCCACAAUGGGCCGCCCCACAGCAGCAAUUUUGGGUACUCAUAUGCCAAGAGGAUGAUUGAUGUGCAAAACAGGGCCUACUUCCAGCAGCAUGGCUGUACCUUUACUGCUGUCAUCCCCACCAACGUCUUUGGGCCCCACGACAACUUCAACAUCGAAGAUGGCCACGUGCUCCCCGGCCUCAUCCAUAAGGUGCACCUGGCCAAGAGCAGCGGCUCUGCCCUGACCGUGUGGGGUACCGGGAAGCCUCGGAGGCAGUUCAUCUACUCGCUGGAUCUGGCCCGGCUCUUCAUCUGGGUCCUGCGGGAGUACAAUGAGGUCGAGCCCAUCAUCCUCUCAGUGGGCGAGGAGGAUGAGGUUUCCAUCCAGGAGGCAGCCGAGGCCAUAGUGGAGGCCAUGGGCUUCUGUGGGGAGGUUACUUUUGAUACCACCAAGUCGGACGGGCAGUUUAAGAAGACCGCCAGCAACGGCAAGCUUCGGACCUACCUGCCUGACUUCCGCUUCACACCUUUCAAGCAAGCUGUGAAGGAGACCUGUGCUUGGUUCACUGACAACUAUGAGCAGGCCCGGAAGUGAAGCAUGUGACAGGAGCAGGUGUUCAGCUGGUAACAUCCAUUGACCACUGCCCUCAGAUUGUGCCAGGAAUUGACAGUAGUGGUCAGUAACCUCUACUUUAUGCUGGCCCCUCUGCCAGGGCUUCCUUUGCAGCAGUCCAACAGGGUCCAUGUCUGCCUGACCUCAGGGAAACAGAAACCUGGGCCAAUCCGACGCCUUGCUCCCCUGCUGCCCUGACCUCAUCAAGUCUACUGCCACUUUCCCAUUUCUGGGAACCAAUAAAAUGUAUUUUCACAA